AUGGCGAGCACUACAGAACCUACGAACCUAAAAAAAGAAGAAGAAGAAGAGGAUGAUUCAAAACCAGGGGCAGACGAUGAGGACACUGGGGCACAGGUGGCUCCUAUCGUCAAACUGCAGGAAGUGGCUGUUACCACUGGCGAAGAAAAUGAAGCUAUCCUUCUCGAUCUGAAGGCAAAGCUGUAUAGAUUUGAUAAGGAAGGGAGCCAAUGGAAAGAGAGGGGCGUUGGGACACUGAAGCUACUCAAGCACAAGGAGAGUGGCAAAAUUAGGCUUGUCAUGAGGCAGAACAAGACCCUUAAGAUUUGUGCUAACCAUCUGGUGCUACCCACAAUGACUGUGCAAGAGCAUCAAGGGAAUGACAAAUCAUGUGUGUGGCAUGCUGCGGAUUUUGCAGAUGGAGAGUUGAAGGAGGAGACUUUUGCUAUUCGGUUUGCUUCUGUGGAAAAUUGCAAAUCUUUCAAAGAUAAGAUUGAAGAAAUCACUGAAUCUCUGGCAAAAACUACUGAGGAUAGUGAAGAAGGCACUACUGCUGCCAACCUUAUUGAAAAGUUAACUGUUGAAAGCAAGGAUAUAGAAGAGAAGCAAGAGGCCAAAGAGGCAUCCAAGGAGAAGGAUACAGAAGAGAAGCAAGAGGCCAAAGAGGCAUCCAAGGAGAAGAAUACUGAAACUGAGCAGCAGGAAAAAACUGGCAGUGAUAAGUAA